AUGUGGGAUGCUCAGCAUCUGAACUUUUGUCUGGGCAGGAAGGUGUUGGACAUGAGUAUAAGAAACGCCUCGAAUCCAGCUUCUAUCUCUCCUUUCCCUUAA